AUGCAAGAAGCAAAUUUGUGGAGCGAAAUAGAACGAAUGCAUUCAUUGAAACAGUGGCGUACAUUGUGUGCUCGAUAUACAGUUGCGAAGGCUUACAUGCAAGAUUCAAACGCUCCAAUUACAGUUUUUGCACCAGUUGACGAUGUUUUCAUUUAUAAUCCUGAUAUUCGAGCCAUGAGCCAGAAAGAAGUUUUAGCACAUAUAGGCUUUAAAUCUUUUUCUCUAGUAGAUACACAAAUUCAUGAACUUGGUGAGAACCGAAUAUGGGAUAAACAAAUAUUAAUUCGCAGUACAAUCAACAGUGGAUAUAUGUACAUAACACAAUUUAUUGCCACUCCUGGAAAUUACUAUUAUUUUGCAAAUAAUGGAAUGCUCUGUAAUCAUGCGGCUAAUGAAUGGGGAAUCAUUUCUGGAGAACAGUAUUUGUAUAAAAUUUGUACACCAAUCGGAUAUAGACCUUAUCCAGGCACAGCCUUAUCUUUUGUAAGAGAUAACGAUCAAAUGGCUUUUGUUGAUCGACCAUACAAUAAUCAUGACCUAAGCGAAAUGAGAGAUGUAUUGGAUCGAGCACCGGACAUCGCCUUAGUAAUAUUCGGAAGUUCAUCAUGGAAUGGUUUUCAUACUUUUUUCCUACCCACAAAUCAAGCGUUUUCAAAAGUAAUUACUUUAAACAAGCUGAUGUAA